AUGGGGUCCAACAAUUCCAGGUUGAAUGGAACUAGUGGGGGAGGAGCAGAGGUAUUCCCUGCCAGAAUCCGCCCUCUCCUCCGCCGCCGAAUCGAAGAGUUGAGAAACCGUAAGAAUGUGGACACCCUCUCCAAGCAGCAGUUGCUGAAGGAUGAAUCAUCCUCUCAUGAAAAUGAAACCGAGGACAAGGUUGAAACUGUGGUACAAGUAGUUGCCGUAGAAAAGCUCUCUAAAGUAGUUCCAUUGCCAGUUUCUGAAGAGCAGAGUAACGAACUGGACGAUAAUGAUCAUGAUGAUGAGAAUGAUGAUGAUGAUGAUGAUGCAGAUGAUAAUGAAACUGGAAGACUUAUAGGUGAUGGAUCACCCAGCUUCAGAAUUUAUUGCAUUGAGGCCAAUAAGAGAAAAGAGGAACAAAUAUAUACCAUGCACCACAGGUCACACAGUGCUGACAGCAUCGAAAGUGCUUCAUCUGCAUCAAGGAAAUCAUUACACUCAAACGAGGUUGUUAAAAUUGAAUCAAUUCCGAAGAGAAGAACAAACAGUAUAAAGAAAUUGGGGGCGAUGAAGAAGAAUCUACUCAAUGUUAAGAAUCUGCAUAAGAAUCGAAUGAACCCAAUGUGUUCCUGCACUGGCCAACAUUGGCAGAAAGAACAUUAG